UUCACAUACAUACACAGACACACAGUGUUUGGACUAUGGCCUCCACCACCUCCGGUGAUGUUCUGCCCACAGGCGGCAGGAUCUUCACCACCAUGCCUGACAUGUGCUUCAUCCCUGAGUUUGUGUUUGGAGGUUUGGUGUGGAUCCUGGUGGCAUCGACUCGAAUCCCCCAGGAAAACCCUCUGGGCUGGGUGAUGUUCGUGUCCGUCUUCUGCUUCGUAAUGACAACACUCUGGCUCUUCAUCUUCCUCUGCGGAGCCAAUCAGAGCAGCAUCUGGCCCUCCCUGGAUGCAGGUUACCAUUUUGUGGCUGUGGUUUUCUACCUCAGUGCGUCGGUGGCUCUGGCGUACAUCACCCUCACGAAUGCGACUCUAUUGGCUGCAUUUCCUUCUCCUGAAUUACUCAAAAUCUACCGACUGGAUAUUUCUGCAGUGGUGAUGUCCUACAUUGCCACUCUUCUCUACUUCAUCCAUGCCAUUUUCUCUGCCUUGCGAUGGAAGAGGUCCUAAAAGAAAACAACCAUCGACAAGCCAAGAAACAGGACGACCGAAAAGAGAAGAAUCCAAAGAAGCAGCUGAGCUUUCAUUGGACUAAACACAAAACAACUUUUUUUUUUUUUUUGCUCUUUUUAUUUUCAUGUCAAUAAAGAGGACUUCAUGCUUUUGAACCAAUGUCACAAAAUGUUGAACGAAAGCAAGCAGGUUGUUGAUAAAUGUCACCUGUGCAUUGGUCUGAUUACUGAGUCUGUACAUUAUGAAUCAGAAUAUACACAAACAAACCUCAAAUUCGUUAGUCACAAAUAAAUGUGCCGUGAGGAAGGCGGAUGGGUGUAUAUAACUAAUUAAAACUCAGAUCUAAUUAAUUCAGGAUCAUUAUAUGUAAAGAUAAAAUUAUGAGGACAUCCAGUGUGCUGUAUUUUUUCUCAUUAAAUAAGAAUUAUAGAAAAAAAACAUUGGUGACUUUACUGACCAAUGACCCCAAAACUUGGUGUACUUCUUCACAGAUGGUUCACAGUUUUUUGUAACGAUGUAUAACAGCUCAACGACGAAGUCGCAUUUUAAUGUCAGCAGGUCCAACUCACGGUAAACACUUCUACAAAUCAAAGAGACACUGAAGCAUUUCACUAAAUAAAAGUCAUGCAGUAGCAGAUCGAGUGUGAGUUCAGCACUAAUCUAAAUUACUAAUAAAUCCCGGGAGGGUUUUACCAUUCAAAAGCUUAAACCUUGAAUAUUCAAAAGAUUAGAUUAGAGAUAGGACCGUCCUUUAUUUCCUGCAUGUUUACUAUGAAUAAUGGUAAAUGUCUAAAGAGAAAUAGAAAAACGACUCUUCCUUUUUUCAUUUUUUUUUUGAUGUAACGUAUGGAUGAAUGAUUCCACAUGAUUUGUUGUCUGCAUUUUUAUGAGAACUUCCAAAAAAUUUCAACAUGUAAAUAUUGAGAUGAUUUCACUUCAUGGUAUUUUUUGGAAAUUUCUGAUGUGAAAAUAAUAAAUGGGAAAUUCCAACACGAUAGUUUUACUGUUUGUUCAGAUGUUGACAGAGUGAACAUAAGUGAGUGAAGCCAUAAAAUAUCUAUGCGACAAAAGAAUUACAUCGACAUAUCAGUUUCACCCGUUUAUCAUUAAAAAAAAAAUCUGCAAAUUAUCACAGAAAAUAUGUUACAGAAGGUUUGUCUCUUUAUCUUAAAUCAUAUUAAAGUACUACAUACACACAUUUUAUCAGC